AUGCUCAGCACGAGCCUGGCUCACUGGCAGUGGGCCGUGCUGCUGGCGAGCCUGCCUGAGGUGCGGCGGCUGGCACCCGAGGCCGAGCGGCCCGCGUUGCCUGCGCCCGUGGGCCCGAGUGUGCGUGGGAUCGGGGCGGACACGCCCGAGCCGCAGGAGGCCUGCUCGCAGACAGUGCCGGCGGAGUGCGCGUGCGACUGCCAGGAGUGCGAGGCCCCAGGAGGCCAGUGGUUGGGCUGGGCGCUGGGCGGCGUGUCGGUGCUGCUGCAGCUGCGCGGCUGGAACGCUCGCCUGGUGACGGAGACGGGCGACGUCGGCACCGAAAAGGCCACACUGCCUAGGCUCAGGCCUGGGCAGUUGGUGGCUGUGAACGCCGAGGAUCUCGGGACGUUGCCGGGCUGGAAUUGGCGCGUGAUGACUCCCGACGGCGACGAGUACGAGGACGCGCUGGACGGUAGCCGGCCAGGCCCGCAUCGGCUCUGUAUGCUCGGGCUGGACGCGUCAGCUCCCCGCCUGCUGCGGGGUAAGUUCUACAGGUUCACAGAGUACCCCACGGACAAGCAGCUGGUGAAGGCACCUGCUGGAGGCGCUGCUGGAGCGGUCGUGCGCCCUAUCAGGCGGGCGACCGCUGGCUGCUGCUGGAUCGUGCACGGCUUCGAGGGACCCGACGCGGCGGGCUUUGAGGUCGAGCCAGUCGAGGGCGUGAAUGUCAACGUGGGCGACCAGACGAUGAUGAAGCAGCACGACGGCGGGCUCUUCGUGAAAUGCAUCCUGGUCAAGUGCUCGGAAGCCGACGCGACCGUGAGGCAGCUGCUGGAUCAGGCUUCGGCGUCUGUCAGGCCAGCGGCGGUCGUCGACGUAGAGGCGGGGGGCAAGGGCACGAGCACGCCUCGCGAGGACAACUGGGCAGGCGCCCGACGAAGGUUCAAGGAGUGGCGACAAGUGUGCCUGGAGUCUCGAACUGAGAACUGGAGUGACGGGCCCGUUAUAGGGCCGCCGUCGCUGCUCCACUGGAUGAAUCAGACGGCUCGGAACGGGGGCGAUCCCAAGAUGUCGUCGGAUCGAGAAGACGACAGGGUGUAUCACGAGCCGCACAACUUGAUCGAGGUAGUGCACAUCGGAGGGACGUUCGAUCAAUUGAAUAUGCCAGCCCUUCAGUGUUUCGAGCGUAUCAGCCGUCGGAUCUCCUCGAUCGUGGGCGCCUACAGCGGCGCAGGAGGUCCUUCUUGGCGCAUGGUCCGCCACUGCGAGGGAGUUGGGGGCGCGCUCGACAGCGCGUCGCCAGCUUUGCGGCAGCGGGGCAUCAAGAAGGCGAAGGACGAAAACGAGCUGAACACCGCCCGCACUCGGAGCCUCUGGGGAGCGGCUGGCAAGGUGGCGGCUCCGCCGGCGAGGGUGCGAACUGGCCGGCAGGCGCUUAAUUGGAUGCGUGGCUUCGAGCUCGGGCACGGGGCCCAGCUGGAGUUUGACGAUAUGCAGCAGGACGUGAGGCGGCACUUGCCGCGCGGCCGGUCCCUGUGCGGCGCGGGGGCGGCCAACGACUCGCUGGCGCCCUUCCAACAAAGCCAGAUGUCGCUACCCGAGACGGUGGAGAGCCCCCCUUUCAUCGGUGACGUCUGCGGCAGACGGGGCCGCUACUUCUUGGAGCGGGAGGGCGAGCGCGUGCUUAAACCCGUCGGCGAGGCCGAGGCCGACCUCGCGCCCGACGGCACUCAGUACUACUGCGAUCCCGCUUUGGUGAACCGCAAGACCGUGUACGCAACUUUUUUGAAGGGCUUGAUGGCGCGUGGCCUUCUCAACUUCACGCUUGGGCCGCUUGAGAUGAAACCCGAGAAUGAGCUGGUGGACGAUCUGUGCGAGAGCUUGUCCGUCACGGUAGGUUUAGCGGACGUGCGGGGCGCCUUCCACCGAUUGCGGAUGCCCUUGUUCUUGCGGCGCUAUUUCUGCUUCCCUCCAGCGCGGAGCGGAGCCCUGGGGCUUGCUGGCAAGACUCAGGCGGUGCCCUGCCCAGUGGCUUUCUCGAUGGGCUUCUCGCGGAGCCUGUUCUACUGCCAGGCGGCCCCCCUCCGACACUACAUCUACGUCGACAACAUGGGCGCGCUGGGAACAGACAGGGCCAGUGUUGUGAAGACGCUCGAGGGCGUGACCGACGCCUUCACUCAGAAGGGGUUGCUGGUUCACGAGGAGGCCGUCACCUCUGGGGUCACAGAGGUGCUGGGUGUGGAGAUCGACGGGCAGAUGAUGCGGACCCGUGCGUCAGGCAAGAGGCGGCCGCGGGCCCGCCAGGCGAUCGCUGGGCUGCUCGAGCGCGGGCGCUGCACGGGCAGCGCGCUGGAGGUGUUGCUGGGACAUCUCGCGUUCCUGGCGAUGUCCCGGCGGCUUGUGCUCGCCUGGAAGGCCGCGGGCCUCGCGAAGCGGAAGAGGGGGCUGAGCGCGAUCCAGCAGGCGGCAGAGCGGCCGAGGCUGGGGCGCGCGCGGCUGCUGCCAGGGGCCGGCCCCCUCGGGGCUGGGAACCAGCCGAGUGGUCGGGCCGCUGCUCAGCAGAGCGACUCCAGCAGCACUUGGACGACGUCCGAGGACGCCGAGCCGCCGCCCGCGAGCAGAGAGCGAGUUCUCCGCCGGCGUCGCAGACGGCCGGCGGUGAACUACGUGUCGGAGGCUUACGAGCUGCUGAACACGGGAAGCAGCCUGCUCGAGCAGCGGGCCGCGCAGGGGCCGACCCUCAGGCAGUACCAGGACGAGCUGGAUCGGUGGAAAGCCUUCAGCAGAAUCGGCGACCUAAAAGGCGUGACCGACGCGGAGGUCGACGAGUCGCCGGUGCGCCUGUUCGAACGGGACUUCUUCCUGGGGGAGCAGGCCCAUCGUGGGGCCAAGCUGAUGGCCGCGCUGAUGCACGCGGAGCCGCGGUUCGGCCGGCUCGGCGAUCGCCGCGCCCCAAGGGCCUGGAGAGCUCAAGGGAUGGCGGCGGCUAGCCUCCCGGAGAUGGGCGUGUUCGACCACUCGAUGAUGUUAGACGGCCCCUGGCUCAGGUUCAUUGGGCCUCUCCUGCGUAUCUUGGCCGGUCAGAAGUCUCGGAAGGCGGUCUGGGGGUUCAGCUAUUGGGAGUACCUCAGGGUAUUCAACGACUGCGGCGAGGCGCUGGGAGUGACGGUCGUGCCCCACCAGACACGGCACUCGGGCGCGUCGAUCGACCGCGAGAAUCAGUGCAGAAACCUCAGCGAGGUGAGGCAACGAGGAGGGUGGAAGGCGGACAGCAGCGUGCUGAGGUACGAAAAGCAUGCACGGCUUCGUCACAGCGAGCUGCGGUUUGCUUCAAACCUCAGUCAGUAUCUUCAGGAAUGCGAGCGACAGCUAGAGGAUGUUAUCCCGCGGGGCAAGCUUCGCCCGAUGUCCACCCUCCUGUCGCUGGAGUCGGUGGGCAGCGAUGUCGAGAACUCGCAGGCGGCCCGGACAGGCAGCGGGGCGCGCCCCGCUGUCAUGGCCGAAGGGCUGUCUUUCCACACCGGGGGCCGGGGCCGUCCGAUGGGCCGGGCUGCCGGCUAUGGGCCUUCGGCCGGCCGCCACCGGCUCGCGGGAGCGCCGGGCAUGCCUCGGAAGCACGCGGCGGCGGACGGGAAGGAGAAGAAGGUGCCUGAGGCUCUGCUUGCCGCCGAGCCUGUCAGCGGAGAGUGCCGUCUCCUGGCGGAGCUGGUUGGUCGCUCGAGCCAGUGCGUCUGCCAGUGCGACUGUCACUGCCACUCGGAGGCCGCCUCGGGGAUCGGACUCACGGCCUUGCUCGGGCUGCUGGCGUUCUUUUCGGUCAUCGCCUUCACGCUUGGCCUGCUGGUCGGCUGCAGCUUCGGACGCCGCAGCUCGAGCACGUCGCCGGUUGUGAACGACACGCUCGUGUCCAUCAUCGAGGAAGAUGGACACAUCAGCGACGCCAAGUGGGUCGUCGUCUCUCGGGACUGGGACAUCUUCGAGGAGGACUUCGCCGAGGCCGACGACCUGAAGCGGUUCCUGGCCAACGGGCAGGCGCCCGCGACGGUGCGCGUGCUCCCUCACUACCUGGUCGACCACUACCGCUUUGGCCAGGACAGGCAGUACUACAUGGACACGGGAGAGGCUCUCGCGCGGGGCUUGCGUCCCGGCGGGGCUGUGGUCCCUGCGGCUGUGCCGAUCGCGGCGGGCGCGGGUGCCGGGCCCGCCGCGAAGUGGUGCGCGCUGGAGGCUCGGGGCAGUGUGGGGCUUGGUGAUGCCCUCACCGCCUCGUUGGGGUCAGUCGAGUUCGAGUCUAACGAUCGGUGUAUCUUCAAGCUGACGGACGGCGCAGUUCUGAGCGGAGGGCUCGAGGGCACGCUGCCAUCGGGCCCCGCUGCAGGGAGCGAAGACGACUCCCGCAUCCUGCCUGCCAGGCAGGACGCACAGCAGCGCUAUCGCCGCUCCUUCGCGAGCGCGCUGCAGGACAUGAAGCCCGCUGACUUCGGCAAGAGCUGGGAGAUCGAGGGUCCGCGCUCGACGUACUACACGGCGGAGCGGAUCUACGAAGGCAACCACAGCCCGGUGCAACGGCACUACUGGUGGCGCUCGGUGAUGGGGCUGUCGGCGACGGACGUCGGCGUGGACGAGCACUUGCUGUUGUCCCAGCUCCUAGAGGUCGGCAUGACGAUCGAUCAGAUGCAGGUCUGCAACUUGGCGACGUUCGAGCUCCUGAGCCGGCGUUAUCAGAUGUGGAAGAGCGCCUACAAGGAUCUGCUGCGAGAGGUGGACACGGGCGGCUCGGGCGGCGACGACUGGCUGAGCGAGCGCUCGCUGUUCCUCGGCGUGAAGAAUCUGAGGGGCAGCGCCAUCGUCAUGCCUGAGCUGGAGGACUUCGUGGCGAAGGAGCUGGCGGCCCGCGCCGCCGUGCUGAAGGAGCGCCGCAAGGCGCGUGAGGAGGCCGCGCUGGCCAAAGCUUCGCAGCAGAUGAGGCAGCGCGACGUUCUGCCGAUCUCCCUGGCGGCCGCCUCGGAGAUCUGUGCUGGGGGUGCCAGCGGGCUGGGAUUGUCCCAGAGCCAGCGGCGGCGGCUUCGACGUCGACGUGCUCAGGAGGGCUGGCUUUUCGAGGGCAUCCGCGCCUUGAACGAGCUGGGCGCCCCGGAGCCGCUGGCGGCCUCGCCCUCGUCCUUGACUUCGGCUCAGGUCUCGGCCGUUCGACGCCUUGCUCGGCAGUGCGGAUCAGUCGUCGCUCCCCCGCCUGACUGCGGGAGCGCCCUGGGAGCGUGGGAGGCGCUCCAGGGCACGCGGCCCGGCUACGCGGAUGACGCGAUGGCCGUCGGUGCUCGGGCGAACUUCGAGCGAGGGAACGUGUCGCUUCCCGCGGGGCUUUCUGGGCGAGUUGCGCUGAGUGAGUGCCUGCCGCCCGCCCUGCAGUCUGCGCUUGAAGAUCGGUCAAUCCUACUUUCUGAGGAGGAGGCUGCCGCUCGCCGUGACAGCUUUGAUGGCAGCCUCUUCCUUGAUCCCGCCCUUCGGGAUAACCCCGAACUUGUUGGAGAGUUCGUUUCUGAGCUCUGGGCCGCUGGCGUUGUGGAAGUCAGCGAUGACGUACUCGAAGAAAGUGGCUUGUUUUUCGUUCGAAAAAAGUCAGGUGCUCUUCGCCUGAUCUGGGACACUCGUGUGCCUAACCUUCGGUUCCGCGAGCCUCCUGGUGUGGUAUUGCCCUCUGGUGAGGCUCUCGCUCAUCUUGAAUGCGAGCCUCAUGUGAUCCCCGUGCUGCACGGGGGCGAUGUCGAAGUCUGCUAUUACCAGUUCACACUUCCUGAACAGUACAGGUGUUUUUUCGGCUUGCCCUCCCUUCCUAUUGCGCACCUGUCCCCGGACCUCGUCGCCGCGCUCCCGGAUGCGGCUCGAAAUCGGGGCUGGGCCCGCGUGCGGGCUCGUGUGGUGCCGAUGGGUUGGAAUUGGGCCGUGGCUCUUGUACAGGCCGCCAAUCAGUAUCAGCUCAAUAAAGUUUCCCCCGAGGCCCCGUGGCUCCUAGAUAAGGUACCGCUCCCGCCUCUUGGCGACGUUGGGUCGCUCCGCGCACUCUAUAUCGACAACUUCGUUUCCAUUGCCCAGUCUAAGUACCGAUCGGUUGCCACCUCUGACGUCGAGAGUAUGCAGUCUCAGCUCGCGGGCCUUGGGAUCGCGUCGACCUUGGAGACCUCAGAGGCGGGGGACAAUGACUUCAUAGGUUUCACUUUGGUGGGCUCGUCUGGGGAGUGGCGUCCUAAAGCUAAUCGGUUCUGGAGGUUGAAACUGGCGGCCGACUAUCUUCUAGAGGUUCGACCUGCUAUCACAGGGCAGGAGCUGGAGCGUUUCGUGGGCCACGUCACGGCUCUGUUUUCGCUUUCCCCGGAGCUCUUGUGCCUCAUGGAAAAGGUCUAUGUGUUCAUCCACGAGAGUUACACUCGCCGUCAGCCCCUCUGGCCAUCUGUUCAUCGCGAAGUUCGGUGGAUACGUGCUCUUCUGCCCUUGGCUCGUGCCUCGAUGCGUCGCCCGUGGUCGAGUCAAGUCUUCGGCUACGACGCGUCGUACUGGGGAUUUGGAGUUGGAUCGACGCGCUGGGAGACUAGUGAGGUCGCCGCGGUGGGCCGUGUUCGUGAGCGAGCACGCUUUCGGGGUCUUCUCAGUAGCUCAGAGGCGCCGCGGUCCCGGGCUCUGGACCACCAGGAGGAGCUGGUUAUCUCGGAGGCUUCGGAGGCCAACGUCCUGGGGCUCGGGCGGGCCCGCUCGUUCGCUGAGGUCCCGGCGGCCCUGGUCGAGCGGAGCUGGACUGUGGCCUACGCGGGCCGCUGGAGGGGUGUCCCGGGGUCCCAGGCCCAUCUCGAGGCCCGGGCCAGCCUCGGCAUGGGGGCCAAGCGAAAGUGGCAGUCCAUGUCCAGCACCGCCUGCCUGCCUCCAGCGCAGUUGGUGCUCGCGGUCCUGUCCGACUCCGACGACGUGGAAGAUGCGGGCCCGGGCUGCUCCAGCAGCCUUUCUGUCGGCGCGCUGACGGGCCGCGGCCGCGCGAGCAGCGGUCGCGCUGGGCCGAGCGCCCCUGGGGCUUGCCUGCCCAUCCGUCCUGGUGGCGCACGGCGGGUUGCCCGCUCAACCCCCUCUGGCCCUGGGGGCCGCCAGGGCUCGGGCCGCCUGGAGCGCCUCCGGGCGGCGACGCGGGCGCGGCUGCUGCUGCUGGCCCCGCUGCUGACCGGCCUCCAGCAGGAGCGGAUCCGCCCGGCGACGCAGGCGGGCUACUGCGACGUGCUGGAGCAGCUGGCUGGCUACCUGAAUCAGUGGCCGCUGCCCGCUUGGUCGGGCCCGCAGUGGGACCUCCAGCUCCUCAACUUCGUGGAGUGGGCGCGGGGCGAGGGGUGGUCGCGGGCGCUGGCCUCUCGGCUGCUGGCCGCCGCGGUGUGGGCCCAGCCUACGUUGGGCGGCCCGCUGCGCCAGGUCUUCCCCGACGCGCAUGCGGCCAUGCUGGGCUGGCGCCAGCUGGACCCGGGGCACAGCCGCCCGCCACUGCCCUGGGGUGUCGUGCUGGCCUUGGCGUGGGCAAUGCUGCCCAAGUGCCCGGUGGGCGCCCUGGCCAUCAUCGUCAUGUUCGAGACCUACGUGCGCCCCUCGGAGCUCCUCAGCCUGACGGUGGGGCAGCUGGUGCCGCCCACGACGUCGCGCGGCCAAGGCGCGUUCUGGGGCUUCUGCGUUCACGUGGAGGAGCUGGGACGGCCGUCCAAGAGCCAGGAGUUCGACCUGAGCGCGCUCCUCGACUUGGACCGCCACCGUCCGCUCAUCCCGCUGCUGCAGGCGCUGAAGGCGGGGCGCGCCCGCGGGGAGCGCCUCUUCGGCGUCAGCUCGAGGCAGUUGUACCGGUCCUUCGCGCUGGCCGUGCAGCAGGUGCAGGUCUCUUGCGUCGAGCCGAGCCUCUACGCGCUGCGGCGCGGGGGCGCCAGCCACGAUCGCCUCGUUCGAGCGCGGUCGCUCCUCGAGGUGCAGCAGAGGGGGCACUGGCGCAGCUUUCGGAGCGUCGCUCACUACAACAAGCACGCGCGGGUGUCCUUGCAGCUCGGCAAGCUCCCCGCGACGGCGAGGGGUCAGAUCGCGGCGCCGGUGGACCGCGGCCUCACGCCCUUCGCCGAGCGCUGCGCCAAGCUCUUGCACAGCCGCAGCCCCUCGGUCCGAGGCAUGGAGGGGUCGUCAGCCCUGGCGACGCGAGACCUCUCCCCCAGGGCCCCCGGCGGCCACUGCGGCGGCAAGCCCGGCGCCCGCGCGGCGGCCGCCGGCGCGGGCGCGGGCGCCGCGGCGGUGGGCGCGGGGGCCGCGGGCGCGGGGGGCGUGGCGCCAGUGGGCGGGCUGCUGGCGGAGGCGGAGGCGGAGGCCCUCGGACGCCAGUGGGCCUCGGCCUUGUGGCCGUGUGGCCUCGCCCGCGCGGCGCCAGUGGGCGGGCUGCUGGCGGUGGCGGAGGUUGUCGGCGCUUGCCUGGCUGCCGGGCACGGCGCUGGCCUCCUGGGCGGCGAGGCGGCGCCCCUGACGCCCGACGCGGCGCCGCUGGGCGGGGCGGCCGCGGCUGGGCGCCAGCCCGCGGAUCAGUUGCGCGCCCGCUGGGUGUCCUCCCCGGCGCUGCAACAGGACAGUGAGAGACUCGAGCAGCUCCACUGGCAAGCGGUCGAUCCAGCGCGGGUGGAAUCGGCCCCGCCCGAGCGCUGCCUCGGCUUUGAAAGUGCGCAGCACUGCACUCACACGCUGAGCCUCCAUCCUCGGAAGCCGCGGCAACUCAUCGACAGCGCAGGUGGAUGGGUGAGCUUCACAGUCGCGCUCAGGCUCAGUCUACGAAGCCUGAUCCUCGAAUGCUUGCAGGACCUGCUCCAGAGGAAGAGGUCCAAGGAGAAGCAGCUCGAGUCAGCCCGCGCCCGCGGGGCAGAAGCGGACAAAGCUGUUGAGGAUACCAUCCAGGUCGCCGCCGAGGCUCAGAAGCUCGUCAAGCAACAUGAGGAGUCCAUGCUGAAGAUUGGCGCUGCCACCCGUGAGGCUCAAGCGCUAUCUGUCAUGCCUUGCACUCCCAAAGAAGAAGAAGAGCAGCCCGAGGAAACCCUGGCAAGCUUGGAGGCGCUCAACACCCUGCUGUUUCGAGCGACCCGUCACUUCGAUGUCGAUUUCAGCGCCCAGUUGGCCCAGGUAUUGACCAACUUAGAUGACGCGAAAGCCAAGGUCGAGGCGAAGGCCAAGCCCGCGUCGCCUCCUGCCGCUGGCGGUCCUGGCGUGUCUGAGCUUGCUGCCGCUCCGGACGGCAACGAUGCUAUUGACGUGCCCGUCGGCCUCUCCUACGACUCCGACGAUGAGGAGAUCCAGUUUGAAUUUGCCAAAGCUGCCUUCGUCGUCGACGGUGACAAGACGGCCCACAAGCACUUGCUGGAGACGUCCCAGUGGUCCUCUGCACAUGCAUUUACGGAGUGGACCAGGCACGACUCCGAGGGUGCCGGCAUGCCUGAGCUGCUUGCCGCGCAGUCGGGAGCACAGGGUGAAGCGCAGGGGCGCGCCGGCCUCGGAGAGACGCAUGGAGCCAGGGAGAUCGACUUCGUGGCGCGCAGCUCGGCGUUGGCCAGCUUCGUUGCGGGCGUUUGCCUGCUGAAGGCCGCGCCCAUCCAGAACCACUCUGCCGUCAUGGUCAAGUUCAGAGGCCUCGGAGUGAAGGCCGCGAUCUGUCAGCCUGAGCAGCCGAUGCGUUUCCUCAUCGAGAAGCCUCCUGCUGUCAGGCCUGCCCCGCGCGAGGCCCUCCUGUGCGAGUGGCCCUGGGCCGUUGGAGCGGCGCUCCCGACUGCCCUCGGUGAGGCGCGCGUUGAAUGGUUCCGCCACGCAGAGACCUCCCUGGCGGAGUCUUACGAUCUCCAGACGCGAUGUCAGGGUCGCCGGCGCGGCCGCGACUCUGGUUUCAAGACUGCGACCAGGCCCCCGUCCGUCUGCUGGGGUGAGUCCCAGAGGCAGCGCACUUCAGUCGAGUGUCGUGCUUGGCCCAGGUUCUAUGCGGCGGCCCUUUGCCUCGCGUCGUUGGGUUCUGCAGCCGGAGACAGACGAGAGCCCUGGCCGGCGGCCCCGCGCAGGCAGCGGCGCGCGGCCGGUUCCUGCAAGCUCGAGCGGCCCUCUGAUGGCCCGCUCAAGGAGUGGGCAGGAGCCCCCUCGUCGGAUGUAGUUGACCUGCUCUCGUCUGGCGCCGCGGAAAGCGCCCGGCGUGCCCCCCGUUUGCCGAUGGCUUUGCGCAACCAUCUCGAGCUGCAGCUUCGCCGCGAUCGGGAUCAGGACUCGAAGGCCUGGAAGGCCUGGGCUCAGUCGGCCGCGCAGGCCGUGGUGCUGGCGGCGCAGAAGCUCGCGCGGGCCCUGCAGGAGGUGCCAGACGGCGCCCAGAGGAACCUGGCGGCGCAGGCGCUGCAGGACCUCGUCGCCGCUGCCCAGGGGCACCCGCCGUCUCCGUCGUCCACGCUGCCCGCGACGCCCGGGACCGUGGGGCUUGGGGCGGGGCCUUCCCGCCGGGUUGCGUCGCUCGGAGCUUCUGUUCCUACUCCUCCAGUUGCUCCUCCUCCUCCUUCUCCUCCUCCUC